UAGCACCCUAUUUCCUCUUCAAAAAAAAAAUCACCACUCUAUAUUUCUCUCUCUUUGUUCCAGAGAGAGACUUAUAACCCCAUGAAAAUGGAAUCCUCUAAGAUCUCUGCUCUCUUGCUCAUUUGCAUGCUCUUCAUCUCCUCAGUCACCCCCAUUCUUGGCUGUGGAUACUGUGGUGGUGGCAAGCCCCCAAAGCACAACACACCCAAGAAUCCAAGGCCACCCAAAAUAACAAGGCCACCAAAGGCAAAGAAUCCCAAACACCCCAUCACUCCACCCAUUGUCAAGCCCCCAAUCACAUUGCCCCCAGUGACAGUCCCUCCCAUUAAACCACCAGUGACUCUUCCCCCAAUAGUAAAACCACCAGUGACUCUACCCCCAAUAGUAAAACCACCAGUGACUCUGCCCCCAGUAGUACUCCCUCCCAUUGUGAAACCACCUGUGACUCUACCUCCAGUUACAGUCCCUCCAAUUACAGUUCCUCCAGUGACCAAGCCACCAAGUGGCACGCCAUGCCCACCGCCACCAGGAACGGCCCAAACAUGCCCCAUUGACACAUUGAAACUAGGUGCUUGUGUGGAUCUUCUAGGUGGGUUGAUUCACAUUGGGCUUGGAGAUCCAGUGGUUAAUCAGUGUUGUCCAGUGCUGGCAGGACUUGUUGAGCUAGAAGCUGCAGUUUGCUUGUGCACCACUCUCAAGCUCAAGCUUCUCAACCUUAACAUCUAUGUCCCACUAGCACUUCAGCUCCUUGUAACUUGUGGGAAGACACCUCCUCCUGGUUACACCUGUUCUCUGUAGAAACAAAUUAAGUACUGCACUUUAUCUAUCUCGAAACCGUAGGUUGCUAGAUUGAUGGCUGGACUGACAAGAUCGACAUGAGAGGAUGUCGACCUUCCUUCUCUCUCUCUCUUCCGAGAAUCUUAUCCUUUUGUUGAUUGGUAUUUUAAUUUGGCGAAAUUGUACAACAUUUAUUUUUAAAUUAAGGGAUUGUUGCAUGUGUGUUUUUGUCUUAAUUAAGCAAGGAAGCAAUCAAAGAUGCUUUUUCGUCUCAAA